UCAGGAGCACUUCAUCAAUACAAGCUUCAUCUUGUGAUAAAAACAAGUAACCAUUCAAAGAUGAAAGGAACAACUUUGAUUUUCAGUUUGCUCAUAAUGAGUCUCGUCAUGGCACAAAUUCAAGUAGAAGCAAGGUCCUGCUGCCCGUCCACCAAAGCUAGAACUGCUUUUAAUAUAUGUCUUGCGUUGGGAUAUUUCUCCAGUGAAAAUUGUAUUUCAAUGAAUGGAUGUCAAGAAUCUGAUACAUGCCCUCCCGGCUGGGAAAACGGCAUUCUCGAAAACUCAGGUGAUGUUGUUAAUGAGUACUGCAAGUUAGGGUGUGAAACUUCCGUUUGUGGUGCCAUGAACACUCUCAAAAACUCUGAUGCAAGUGAGAUUGUGAAAGGAGCCCUUGAACAAUGUGCUAAGGCAUGUUCUACUUUCUGCACCAAGAGCUCUAAAGCCACACUUGAAACAGCCUAGAGUACUGUUAAUUGUGGUGUAUGUGACAAAAAAAUGCUAGACUCUUGUAAUAAGUUGUACUUCUUGUUUGUGUGUGUGUGCAUGUGUCGUAAAAGGCUGUCGAUCUCUAGAUUGUACAUGCCUUCUACUUCCCUAUCAUCUGAAUAACAUGUCUUUUAUUAAUCU